AUGGAACACAUUGGAUCGGCGAGAACCAGCGAAGCACUGCGGCGUGUGAUGAUGACUGCCGGAAGGUUCUGGUCGGCGUGCUUCCCGGAGAUCGGAGUGCUGCAGCGAUUGCUAACAUGGGAGAAAGGUCCACCACAACCACAGCAUCUCGAACCGCUCGCUCCUUUCAACAGUCUCGUCUUCGACAAGUUUGUAAGCGAGGGUUCCUUUGGGCAAAUCUUCGGUGGCACUUGGUGCGGUCGCAGAGUGGCCAUCAAGGUGUUGCGCAGUGAGAGCAGUGGUUUGGAGGAGGCGACUUUGAUGAAGUCGUUAUGUCACCCCAACGUGGUCGAGGCAAUUUUCUUCGCGGAGGUGGCAGAUGAUUUGAUAGGCAAGCAAAUUUGGUUGGUGCAGGAGUUUUGCGAUUAUGGCACAUGGGGCAGCCAUUGCAUUUCGCCUCGCAAUGCCUGGGCGGGCCUGUGCGAGGCACUCGAUAUGUGCGCGGAGGUCUGCUCAGCAUGCAAGUGGCUGCAUUCGCGAGGAGUUCUGCACGGCGACCUUGCAGACGGCAACGUAUUGUUGUCGAGCAGCGACAGCUGGAAAGGCUUCGUUUGCAAGGUCGGAGAUUUUGGCUCUGCAUGCAGGGUGCCGGCUGGCGUGGACAAGGUGUGCAGCAAGGCCUUGGGGACUGUGACUUUUUUGGCUCCGGAGUGCCUGGAACCGGAAUCCGAUGGCAGCGUGCAAAGCCGCGAGCGAGAUGUGUUCGCGUUUGCCCGACUCAUGUGGCAGGCAUUGACUGGGCAGAGGCCCUUCUUCGGUUGUUCCGCGGUCCAGGUGGUUCUGCUGGUCUCCCAAGGCCGCGGGAAAUCACGGGAAGUUAAAAACAGAUUUCUGGAGGAUGGGAUUCGGAAAAAGAAGGCUCGUGUCAGUUUUUUUCGCUGCUGUGUGCUUGUGGCGAAGUGGUAUGUUAGAAGAUUUUCAUGCGAGAUAUGA